GCGGGCUCUGCACGCACAUGCGCGCAUGUGUUCUGACGCGCUGGUCAGAAGUAGCACGUGAUCAACUCAAAUCUCCGAUGUCUACCGCACGCGCGUGCCUGUGCGUUCUGUGCGGUUUACCGGCGGCGGGGAAAUCCCGUCUAGCGCACGAGCUGCGGGGUCACGCGCACGGGCUCGGCUGGAGGAUGCUUCUCGUGACGUAUGACGAACUGAUCCCAGCGCGCGACUGGCAAGAGACUGAAUGGAAGCAGCACAGGAAGACGGUUCUGGUGUGUUUGGAGAAAUUCCUGCAGCAGACUCACACACUCUCCGAUCACACACUCUCCGAUCACACACUCUCCGAUCAGACUCACACACUCUCCGAUCAGACUCACACACUCUCCGGCGUCUGGAUGCGCUUCCAGCAGAUGCUGCAGCAGCAGAGCGUCUCUCUCACACACACACACUCACAGCCGCUCGUCCUGCUGCUGGAUGACAACUUCUACUACCAGAGCAUGAGGUUCCAGAUCCACCAGCUGGCGAGGAAGUACGGCGUGGGCUUCUGCCAGGUGUUCCUGCACUGUCCGCUGCAGGUGUGUGUCCAGAGGAACCGGCGGAGAUCUCAGCGAGUCCCUGAGGAGGUGCUGGUCCAGGUGUGUGAGCGCAUGGAGCCUCCGAACCAGAGCCGGAACCGCUGGGAGAAGCAGAGCGUCACGCUGGACGGGUCCGAGAGCAUCGCUGACCGAGACCUGCAGAAGCUGGUGGACCUGCUGGCGUCGGCGCUGGAGAACCCGUUGAGGCCCGUCCAGGACGAGUCUCCGCAGAAGGAGUCGGACCGGCGCAUCUGUGCGUCCAGCGCUCUCCAUCGGGCCGAUCAGACCUGCAGACGCCUGGUGUCUCACGCCGUGGCCUCGGCUCGCGAAGCGCAGGCGUCUCCAGAUGUGCUGAAGGCUCUCGCUAAAGAGCUGAACGAGAUGAAGACUCGGUUCCUGCAGGAUCUGAAGAAGGACCGUCCUCUUUACCCUGAGGAGGAACUGCUGGCGUUCGAGCGGCGCACACACCAGACUCUGUCCGAACACCUGAAGAACACACCUGAGGAACACAC